AGUGCGGCGGGAAGAACUUCCACCUGGUGCACAGCUCGGCCGACGUGGCCAGCGUGGUGAACGGGACCCUGCGCUCGGCCUUCGAGUACGGCGGCCAAAAAUGCUCCGCUUGCUCCCGCCUCUACGCCCCGGACUCGCUGUGGCCCCAGAUCAAAGAGAAACUGCUGGAGGAGCACAGGAAGAUCAAAGUGGGAGACCCCGCCCAGGACUUUGGGACGUUUUUUUCUGCGGUGAUCGAUGACAAGUCUUUUGCACGGAUAAAGAAGUGGAUCGAGCACGCCAAGAAGUCGUCCAACCUCACCAUCCUGGCAGGCGGCGGCUGCGACGACAGCGUCGGGUACUUCGUCGAGCCGUGCAUCGUGGAGAGCAAAGACCCCCAGGAUCCCAUCAUGAAGGAGGAAAUUUUUGGCCCGGUCCUCACGGUGUACGUCUACCCGGAGAAGCGGUACAAGGAGGUCCUGGAGCUCAUCGACACCACCACGCCCUACGGCCUCACGGGGGCGCUCUUCGCCCAGGAGAAGAGGAUCAUCGACGAAGCCAGGAACCUGCUGCGCAACGCGGCCGGCAAUUUCUACAUCAACGAUAAGUCGACGGGCGCCGUGGUGGCUCAGCAGCCCUUCGGGGGCUCCCGCAUCUCAGGCACCAACGACAAGCCCGGUGGCCCCCACUACAUCCUGCGCUGGACGUCUCCCCAGGCGGUCAAAGAGACCCACGUGCCGCUGACGGACUGGCGCUACGCCUACAUGCAGUGA